AACAGGAACAAUUAAUGGGUUGUUAUCUAACCGGAAUUCUCCGCCGUAUUCUCAUCGGAAAUUCGAAAAGCCGAGCACCGAUAAAAGAAGAUCAAAUCAAAGAUGAAAAGAAGAGUUCAAGAAGUCCUUGCUUGCUUACAACUCUAAUGGAUCUCAGUGCUAGUUCUACUACUACUACUACUACCACCACUACUACUACUACAAAUUCAGUGUGUUUGGAUGAAGUUGAAGCAUUUUUCAGAGAAGAGAAUGAAGAGUUUUGGGUUUUAACUUUCAUUCCUGAUGAAGUACAAGAGAAUGAAAGCAAGAAUUCAAGCCCAGAUUCAGUUUUAGACAUCCCAUUUGACUUCAAAGAGGAAUAUAAGAAGAAGCCAAGAGAGAGGACAUCAAGAAGAAGGUUGUAUGAUAAUAAUAAUUAUUGUAAAGAGAUCCAUAAGGAAGUGAGAAAGGAUAAAGAAGAGCUGGACUUUGAAAGCUCAGUGAUUUGGAUUGAAAAGAAUGGAUGGAGAUCAGAACAAGUAGAAGAAAUUGCUGUUAAAAUUGGUUUGGAGAUUCAUGCUGUUCUUCUCUUUGAGGUAAUUCAAGAUUUGUGUUUCAUUUGA